AUGGGCCACGGAGACUGGGCCGUGAUUAACCUGCAGAACCACAGCGACCUGGAGCUAAAGAUAAAGAACGUCAGUCUGUCGUGGGGCAAGUUGUACACGGAGGGAGACAAGCAUCACGAGAUAUCCAUAGCAAGCAUAGAGGACCACGUCGUUCCUGCGAGGGACGGGAUUGUGGUCAGCUCGUGUGGACGGGAGGAAUCGCCAAGUGGCACGGAAGGGUCGUUCGAUGUCGUCGACACGAGCACGGACGCAUUAGUCCGCACGGUCUUUUGGGACUGCCUGUAUGUCAGGCACAACAGGUUCGAGACAAGGGGGGGGAACAAAGCAUGGAUCGUUGAUCACUCCGAUGUCUCGAAGGAGGGGCACUCGGAGAGAUCAAGGUGA